AUGAACCUUCCAAGAGUCCCGCGCGUGCGACGCGGCGCCGUAAAAACGGGAAAUUCGGCGCAGGACUCCUCGGCGACGCCUCCGAAAAGUGAGAAUCAGAAGGGAAAAGCUCUGCCGCAAUCUUCACGCAAGUCGCGGGAGUCUACACUGCGCACACGUGGGAAAAAAAGGCAAGGCACGGACAGUGUGCAAAGCGACGAAGACGAGGACGACAUCGAUGAGGAAUCGGAGGAAAACGUUCCCAUGAGACGGGCGAAGCGCGCACCGCGCCGUGCGAUCCAGGCGAGAAAGAUUGUCGAUGAUGAAGACGAAGAAGAGGACGAUGACGAUAAUGCCGACGGAGAUGAUGUCAUUGGAGAAGAGGAUGAUGCUGGUGGUGACGGGGACGAUGAAGGUGAUAAUGAUGACGAUGAAUCUAAGGACCGCGACUCUGAAUCGGAGUCUGUAUCACUCAGCCGGGGUGAGAAGAAGGUAAAGCAGGCUAAGGAUAUGAGUAGUGGGAGCAUUUCUAGAGACGACGACGAAGUGGACGAUGAGAGCGAGGACAUGAAAAAGGUGAAUGCUGGACGUGACAAGAUAUUGGCAGAAUUGGAAGAGGCAGAGGCCAUGGAUGACGGCUCAGAUCCGCUUGACAGCGACGACUCCGUGGUGGAGAAAGGGACAAAGAAGACGGAGCGUUUAACAAGGCGUCAACGCGCGAUGCAGGGAGAGAACGUGAAACUCGAGUACACAAAGUUGGAGUCGCCCAAAGCGAAGAAGGCUGCACCACCGGAGGAAGCGUGGAGCAAUGACGAAGAGGCAGAACUGAAAAAGCAGCAACGCGCGCGCCUGCGCCAAAUGAUUCAUGAGAAGAGGAACAAGGAGAAGCGAGCAGCCAUGGUGGACAAAGUUUUACGUGGCGUUACUUCAAAGAGGAAGAAACUCACGAUGGCAUCCGAGGAAAGGGUUGCCAAAGUGGGAACGCGGCUCAGCAAGAAUGAAAUGCGCAAGGGGUGUAUUCGGUUUGUGAGCAAUCCGACAGGCACAUCCUUAUCAAUUCCUGAAGAAGAUGAUGCACCCGCAUAUCUACAGGAAAGUCUAAAAGCAGUCUACCCAAAGCCAUGUCUAAGAGAUCCACGAACUGGAAAGAGAAUAUUUACAGAUGCGUAA